GGCAACCUUUUUAUGAUUAUACAGUUAAAGAUCUGGGUACGAGAACAGCAACAUUUCAAGAAUCUUAAAUUGCAGAGCGGGCUGCCUUUUUGACAUGUCCUAUCAGAAUUCUGGAAUGUGUUUCCCCGUUUUUCCUGUUUACCAGCUGCUCCGCAAACAAGUUGGGUCUAGAUCUGAAACCACUUUUAUUCGAGCUUUGGCAACAGAGACAUCUUUUUGACAACAACACAUUUUGAAAAAUCUUUAGGUAUAUUUAGGGCAUCCACGCACAGCAUCCAGUUCUUAAAUAGCAUAUGAGUGAAAAAAGACCCAUGAUCCACAAAUGUAAUAUACCGUAUAUAGUAAAAAUGUAGAAUGAAGAAAAGUCUAAUCUAUAUUUUUAUAUGUGGAUCUUAAUGCUUUAUUUAUAGAAACAUUAACACUUAAAUGCCUUCAAGCAUCCAAAGUUUUCACAGCUUGACUUCAUUUGACAGGCAGCUGCGUACCUCCUGACUGUACAUGCUACACAACUACAUUCCCCAUUUUACUUGACUGUACAACCUAAUGUGAACUCUGUUUUGUGUCCUGUUGCGCUAAUGUGUUCUCUUGCCCAUCGUCAUCCUCUCAACCAAGCAUGGAUUGGCUCGUUUGGCCAACGUAGAUGCAGAAGCAGAGCUGAAAGUCCCUUUUGCGGAUGAACUCCCCUCUCGACAGGCCCAACUUGCAGCACUAAAGAACACAGAGGAGUUCGACGUCCUAGUGGUGGGAGGAGGGGCCACGGGUGCAGGAUGUGCCUUAGAUGCUGUCACACGCAACCUCAAGACUGCUCUUGUAGAAAGAAGCGACUUCUCUUCGGGAACAAGCAGCCGGAGCACGAAGCUAAUCCACGGUGGGGUUCGCUACCUCCAGAAGGCCAUCCUCCAGCUGGACUAUGAACAAUACAUGAUGGUGAAAGAGGCCCUGCAUGAGCGAGCCAACCUGCUGGAGAUCGCACCUCAUCUAUCGGCACCGUUACCCAUCAUGCUCCCUGUUUACAAAUGGUGGCAGUUGCCUUACUACUGGGCAGGGAUCAAGAUGUACGACUUGGUGGCGGGAAUCCAGUGCCUGAAGAGCAGCUACAUCCUCAGUAAGACCAAGGCCCUAGAGCUGUUCCCCAUGCUUAAAAAGGACAAGCUGGUGGGAGCCAUCGUCUACUAUGAUGGACAGCACAAUGACGCUCGCAUGAACCUGGCCAUUGCCCUCACUGCGGCUCGCCACGGCGUCGCCAUCGCCAACUACACGGAGGUGGUUCAUCUGCUGAAGACAAAUGACCAGCAGACCGGCAAGGGGAAGGUGUGUGGCGCUCGCUGCAGGGACAUCAUCACAGGACAGGAAUUUGACGUGAGGGCCAAGUGUGUGAUCAACGCCACCGGACCUUUCACAGACUCACUGAGAAAAAUGGACAACCAGGAAACCAAAAAUAUUUGCCAACCCAGCGCUGGAGUACACAUCGUUAUACCCGGCUACUACAGUCCAGAUAACAUGGGUCUGCUGGAUCCAGCCACCAGUGAUGGACGUGUCAUCUUCUUUCUGCCCUGGGAGAAGGUGACCAUUGCAGGAACAACCGACACACCCACCAACGUAACAGCCCACCCAAUCCCAGGGGAGGAAGACAUUAACUUCAUCCUGACGGAGGUGCGCAACUACCUCAGCCCCGACGUAGAAGUGCGUCGAGGAGACGUGUUAGCAGCGUGGAGCGGCAUCCGUCCGCUGGUGACUGACCCCAACUCAAAAGACACUCAGUCCAUCUGCAGAAACCACAUUGUCAGCAUCAGCGACAGUGGACUCGUCACCAUCGCUGGGGGGAAGUGGACUACAUACAGGGCUAUGGCAGAAGAAACCGUGGAUGCUGCCAUUAAAACCCAUGGCCUCUCAGCCGAUACCUGCAGAACUGUUGGCUUGAUGCUGGAGGGAGGAAAGGGCUGGACACCAACACUGUACAUCCGCCUUGUGCAGGAUUACGGACUGGAGAAUGAGGUGGCUCAACACCUGGCAUCUACAUACGGAGGGAAAGCAUUUGAUGUUGCAAAGAUGGCUCAGGUCACUGGGAAAAGGUGGCCAAUCGUGGGGAAAAGAUUGGUGUCAGAGUUCCCUUACAUCGAGGGUGAGGUCCAGUAUGCCAUUAAGGAGUACGCCUGCACAGCCAUUGAUGUCAUCGCCAGACGAACACGCCUGGGGUUCCUGAAUGUACAGGCAGCUGAUGAAGCACUGCCUCGCAUUGUCCAGAUCAUGGGAAAAGAAUUGGACUGGAGCCAGGAGAGGAGGACCGCGGAGCUCGAAGCCGCAAAGAAGUUUUUGUACCACGAGAUGGGAUACAGGGCUCGUUCUGAACAGCUGACCAAGACAUCAGAGAUCAACCUGGACUAUCAGGAAGUAGUCAGAUACAAGAAGCGCUUCCAUAAGUUUGACAAAGAAAGCAAAGGAUUCAUAACCACGGUUGAUGUUCAGCAAGUUUUGGAAAGCAUCAAUGUCCAUAUUGAUGAAAACGCACUCCAUGAUAUCCUUAAUGAGGUGGACCUAAACAAGAACGGUCAAGUUGAAAUUGAUGAAUUUCUGCAGCUGAUGAGCGCCGUGAAGAAGGGACACGUGUCGGACAGCCGCCUGGCCAUCCUGAUGAAAACCGCAGAGGAGACUCUGGACAUGAGGGGGCCGGUGACGGUGGACCGCAGCGGGGGCGGAGUGUAACGCACAACAAGCACCGCUGCUGAAAGGGUCUAAUGCAAAUAGAGUGAUUUAAAUGACAAUGAUGCAAUCAAGCACAUGGCGGGAUGAUUUGGGCCAAAUCAUGUGUGGUAUAGCACCGAGUGUGUUUUUAGGUGAAAUAUUAUCUAAUGAAUCGGUUUUGUUUUGCAUGAAGUCAGAGUAGAUGUGUCCUUGGUUGAUUGGUCCUCAACAUCCACUGACCCUGAAAUUACAAAGCGCACAAUGGAAUCUUUUAUAUUGUCUAUUAUUCAAGCUUUUGAUAUUUAAAUUUUAACAAUGCUGCGUUUCUACAUUUUGCACAUUAAUCAUUUGUAACGUGACACUGCUUGUUAUGUAAAUACUUAGAUGGCAACUCAGCUUUAUAUUAGAAAAAUUCCUAAAUGUUUCCUUGAAAACGUAUUUUCCCAAACAGACCUCUUCAUGUGUUCCGUUAAAGCUAAAUAGACGUGUAAGUGUUCUGUGGUUCGUGGUCAUAAGCAGAAACGGUUUUAGCAAAGCUACGCCAGGUAUGUGUCACUGUACCUGUAGCUUCAUAUUUACAACUCCAGAGGUGCGAGUUGUAAAAAUACACCGCGAUGAAGUAUUGUCCUUACAGUGUGUCCUCAUUUAGCAGAUCUGUCCAGGAAUCGAGCUCUUGUGAAACGAUGUGCCUCUAAAAAAAGCCUCACUAAUUAAUUCAAUGUGUUGCUUCUCAGUCAGGUAAUAUUUAACAUAUCUGACGCACGGCUUCACACAACACAAAGUGUUGGUCAGACUGUGUCCUCCAUCUGUUGCACCACCAGCACAUUGCUACUACUGAUACGGAUGUUUACAUCACAUGGUCUCCAGCUUUAGCUGAGCUACUCAGUGAUGCUCAUCACUUUUAUUUCUUGCAGCUUUUUGUAAAUAUUUUUAAUGGACUGAAGUGCGCGACAGAAGCAGGAGUUUAAAUGGACCAGUAUGAAUCUUAUUGGUAAUCUUUCUCCACGUGUUUUUGACUGAAACACUCCAUUAAGUGGCAGUUAGUAGGUUUUUCUGUUUUUGAAGUGCAUGGAAAGAAAGACUGUAUGAAUGUAUGAAAUGCCUUGAUGUGCCUUAGAUAUGACUGUCCCAGAGCUACAACCUACUACAAUAGUUAAGAAUCUCAUAUUGUUUAACUAUAUAUAUAUAAAAAAGUUGCUACUUAAAGUGUAUUUCAACACUUGUUAGACAGAGGCAUGAUGUACUGGGGCCAGCUGCUACAGUAUGUUGAAUGUUUACAACCAGUUAUGAUGCAACCAGAUUCAAUUGACCUGCGUCAGUCAGGUCUGCUUCACAGCAAGUUUCUAAGUUUGUGAGUGUAAAAUUAGAAUGUGUUAGUUAACUAACUGACUUACUGUAAUAGAAAUAUGGAAAGAUUUUGUCAAAUUUUGAAGUGCAACCAUUCAGGGAACAGAUCAGCUCUUUCACACCUCAUGUUCCUUUUAUACCACAGUACGUCACAAAAAACAUUGACUUCCAAACAGAAAAGCCAAUUUGCUAAAUGUAGCCUUAUUUGUACAGUUAUUCUUUUGUUUGAUGUAGUUGCUACGGUGACGAAACAAACUUUUUUCAAAAUGAUCACAAACACUUCACAAACACUACAGAUCAUUAUUUAAAAAGGUAAUAACUUUCAGGUUGAUCCCAUCAAAAGUCGCCACAGUGAAUGAUUCGUAUAAAUGAUUUAAACUCCCUGCCAUGGCCAAAGCCACAGAUCUGUCCACCAACGAUUAAAUAGUUUCCUCUUUUUUUUUAACAUUCCCUCUUAUUAAACUGCAUUAAGAUGCAGAAAACAUCCUAGUUUUCAUUUGUUGUUGCCUUUUGUCCAACAUGGCCAACACAUCCUUCCAAGUCAUGCCUCUGUUUUAUAUUGUGAAAGAUGUAUGUGCUUACACUAUGUCCUUAAAGCCUUCAUAUGUUAUGAUAUUGAGUUUUUAUUUGAAGCGGUUCUUAUAGUGUACAUACGGCAGAACCUUCACAGUGAGGACCCUUCACCAAACAACAAGCUGAUGAGCAUGACAGUGGUGUUGCUUUACUUUUUUAUUUUCCAAAAAUAUUGUAAGAAUAAAAAUAAGUCUGUCUUUGGAUCAUAAAACAGUUAUGUAAUUAAAUCUAACCCUUUGUGUUCGGUUCAUAUCUGAUCUUAUGACAAUAGAAUAAUUAAAAAAUCUGCAAUUAAUAAGCACAUCCUUGUUUUUAAUCUAUGCUCUUUAUCUCAUUUUAUACAUAUUUUAACAAAACUCCAAAUAAUCAAGUUACCUUCAAUCACCAUAAUCUCCAAAGGUUCCCACUAUUCUAUAUUUACUGGAUUAUUUAGGUUUUUGUACGGAUUACUGCCUAGAGCUAAAACUUUAAUACUUGAUUCUUUACAUUUUAAUAAUUUUUAGGUUAUGUACAAAAUAUUAUUUUAAAACCAUUUUUCAUAAUUUCUGUACACAUUAUUUUUAACAUAACUUUUAAUAUUUCAUAAAACCUUUAAUUAUGGCAAUAAAAUGUUAAAAUACUAAAAUGUAAAUGAACAUGCAAUAAAAACAGCUGGUGUUUAUUGUUCA